UUCAGCUAAGUGUCGCACGUGGGUUUGACUCGGGGAGUUUCAUCAGACAGCACUGCCGGUUUUCAGUUUCAGUUAUUGGCAUUUGAUUAGAAAAUUAUUAAAAGUCUGUUUAAGACCAUCUCGAUCCGUUUUAAAAAGGGGCAUGGCAACUCUGUACGUAUCUGGGCACCCAGAUGAUUUCCGUUGCCAGCUUGCCCUUGUGGCAGCGGAGUUCUCUCCCUCGAAGCCGGCUGUCAGCGUGGUUACAGCGCCCCCCGGUGGCCAGGCCUUGCCAUGUCUGGUGACGAGCGACGGCCUGGUCCUGUCUGGGGCCCCGGCUGUGAGCUAUUUCCUGUGUCCGGACCAGAUGUGUGGGACUGGGCUGCGGGACUCCGCUCUGGUCCAUCAGUGGCUGAGCUUUGCCAACAUUGAGUUGACCCCGGUGGCUUGUGCUGUGGCUUUUCCCCUGCUGGGGGCGCUGAAGGCCAACGAUCAGGCCGUGGAGCGUGCCCGGGCAGAGCUGCAGAAGAUCCUAGGGGUGCUCGAUGCCCACCUGAGACUGAGGACCUAUCUGGUGGGGGAGGCGGUGACGCUGGCUGACAUCACCAUGGCGACCACUCUGCUGCUGCCCUUCAAAUACGUGCUGGAACCUGGGCUCCGGAAACCCAUCAUCAACGUGACCCGUUGGUUUGUGACCUGUUUAAACCAGCCCCGGAUCAAGAAGGUGCUGGGAGACGUUGUGCUGUGUGAAAAGGCUGUGCCAGUCAAGGCCUUGCCAGCGGCUGUUAACGGAGUGCCCACGCCCAGCAGCCUGCAGCCGCCUGCCGGCUCCCAGCCCAAGACCGAAGCCCAGCUGAAGAAGGAGGCGAAGAAGAGGGAGAAGCUGGAGAAGUUCCAGCAGAAGAAGGAGAUGGAGCAGAAGAAGAAGGAGCAGCAGACUGAGAAAAAGCCUAAACUGGAAAAGAAGGAACUGGGAGUCAUCAGCUACAACCUCCCAACACCUCCAGGAGAGAAGAAAGAUGUGAAGUGCCCAAUGCCUGAUUCCUACAGCCCCCAGUAUGUGGAGGCAGCCUGGUAUCCUUGGUGGGAAAAAAACGGCUUCUUCAAACCAGAAUAUGGGCGGAAGGAUAUAUCAGAGCCCAACCCCAAAGGUGUGUUCAUGAUUUGUAUCCCUCCGCCUAAUGUAACUGGAUCUCUCCACCUUGGCCACGCUCUCACCAACUCCAUCCAGGACUCGCUGACCCGCUGGCACAGGAUGCGCGGCGAGACCACGCUGUGGAACCCGGGCUGCGACCACGCUGGUAUCGCCACCCAGGUGGUGGUGGAGAAGAAGCUGUGGCGGGAGCAGGGCAAGACGCGGCACGACCUCGGCCGAGACGCCUUUAUCGCCGAGGUGUGGAAGUGGAAGAACGAGAAAGGUGAUCGUAUCUACCACCAGCUAAGGAAGUUAGGUUCAUCUCUGGACUGGGACCGGGCCUGUUUCACCAUGGACUCCAAACUUUCAUAUGCUGUGCAAGAAGCAUUCGUACAAAUGCACGAGGAAGGAGUGAUCUACCGCAGCAAGCGGCUGGUGAACUGGUCCUGCACCCUAAACUCCGCCAUCUCUGACAUUGAGGUGGAUAAAAAGGAGCUGAGUGGGCGGACUCUGCUGCCUGUCCCGGGGUACAAGGACAAGGUCGAGUUCGGGGUACUGGUGUCCUUUGCCUACAAGAUCGAGGGCUCUGAUGAAGAGGUUGUCGUGGCGACCACCCGUAUCGAGACCAUGCUGGGUGAUACCGCGGUGGCUGUGCACCCCCAGGACCCCCGCUACCAGCAUCUGAGAGGCAAGACCGCUACUCACCCCUUCUGCGAUCGGAAGAUGCCCGUGGUGUUUGACGAGUUUGUGGACAUGAGCUUUGGGACAGGAGCGGUUAAGAUCACACCGGCCCACGACCACAAUGACUACGAGGUGGGGCUGCGCCAGGGCCUGGACUUCAUUAACAUCCUGGAUGACAACGGCUUCCUCAUCAAUGUGCCGGAACCAUUCCUGGGAAUGAAGAGGUUUGAUGCCAGGAAGGCAGUUCUCCAGGCUCUGAAGGAUAGAGGCCUAUUCAGGGAGGUGAAGGACAACCCUAUGGUCGUUCCUGUCUGCAGCCGCUCGAAGGAUGUGGUGGAGCCGCUGAUGAAGCCGCAGUGGUACGUGAACUGUGCGGAGAUGGGUCGACAGGCCGCUGAGGCCGUCCGCUCAGGAGAGCUGAGGAUCGUCCCGGAAUCCCACACCAAGACCUGGUUCAACUGGAUGGACAACAUCAGGGACUGGUGCAUCUCUCGGCAGCUGUGGUGGGGUCACCGGAUCCCGGCCUACUUUGUGACUGUCGAUGAUCCCUCAGUCCCAGCUGGGGAGGACAUGGAUGGGAAGUAUUGGGUCAGUGGCCGCACUGAAGAUGAGGCCCGACAGAAGGCAGCUAAGAUGUUUGGAGUCACAGCUGACAAGAUCUCCCUCCGGCAGGAUGAGGACGUGCUGGACACCUGGUUCUCCUCUGGGAUCUUCCCCUUCUCCAUUUUCGGCUGGCCCAACGAGUCCAAGGACUUGCAGGUUUUCUAUCCUGGGACUCUUCUUGAGACGGGACAUGACAUUCUGUUCUUCUGGGUGGCCCGCAUGGUCAUGAUGGGGUUGAAACUGACCGGCAAACUGCCCUUCAAGGAGGUGUACCUGCAUGCGGUGGUGAGAGACGCCCACGGUAGGAAGAUGAGCAAGUCGCUGGGCAACGUCAUCGACCCGCUGGAUGUGGUGACCGGGAUCUCGCUGGAAGGCCUCCACGACCAAUUGGCCGACAGCAACCUGGACCCCGUGGAGAUUGAACGAGCCAAACAGGGGCAGAAAGCUGACUAUCCCAAUGGGAUUCCAGAGUGUGGGACAGACGCUCUGCGCUUCGCUCUGUGUGCUUACACCAGCCAGGGCCGUGACAUCAACCUGGAUGUGAACCGCAUCCUGGGGUACAGGCACUUCUGUAACAAGCUGUGGAACGCCACCAAAUUCGCCAUCCGGGGACUCGGAGACAACUUCUCACCGAAGGGAGCAGCUCAGCUGGGUGGACAGGAGUCCCUGGUCGAUCGCUGGAUUCUGUCUCGGCUCUCUCACGCCGUGGAGCUCUGUGACUCUGGGUUCAAGAGCUAUGAUUUCCCAGGCAUUACUACAGCGGUCUACAACUUCUGGUUGUAUGAGCUGUGUGAUGUCUAUCUGGAAUGCCUAAAGCCCGUGUUCACAGGAAGUGAUGUCACUGCUGUGGCCAUCUCCAGGGAGACAUUGUACACCUGCCUGGAGGUGGGGCUGCGGCUCCUGAGCCCUCUGAUGCCAUUUGUCACCGAGGAGCUCUUCCAGCGGUUGCCGAAGCGCUCCGCCCAGGCCCCACCCAGUAUCUGCGUCUCGCCUUACCCAGAGACAUCAGAGUUCUGCUGGAGAAGCGAAGAGGCUGACAGGAAUAUGGAGUUCAUCAUGACAGUUGUCAGGACCAUCCGCUCUCUCAGGGCUGACUACAACCUCACCAAGACCAAGGCUGACUGUUACCUGCAGUGUCUGGACGCAGAGACAGACAGCCUGGUGCAGCAGUAUAGUCCUUACAUCCAGACUCUGUCCUCCUCCAAGUCUGUGGUGGCGCUGCAGGCCAAGACACCUCCUGAGGGCUGUGCUGUGGCCAUCGCAUCGGACAAGUGCACUGUCCACCUGCUGCUGAAGGGCCUGAUUGACGCAGAGAAGGAGAUCGCCAAGCUGACGGCGAAAGAGGCCGAGCUGCGCAGGCAGCUGGAGAAGCUGCAGGAGCGAAUGGGCAAAGCCGACUAUCGGGAGAAGGUGCCGGCGAAGGUGCAGGACAGCGACGCUGAGAAGUUGCAGCAGAGCCUGACGGAGCUCCAGAAGGUAGAGGAGGCCAUGGCCAAUUUCAGGCGCAUGCUCUGAUCCCAGGAUGCUGUAGGGGUCCCCUAUCCCUGCGGCUUCUUGUGUGGACAGGAAGGUAGUGGAGACCGAUGGAACCCGUCCCUUCGUGGUUUCUGCCGGGAAUGUGAAAACAUGAGGAUCUUGGGAAAACUGACUAUUGGCCUGUUGUCAGCAGGGGGAUUUUGUCUGUCUUGUCCAAUUUGCUAGCACUGUAUCUGAAAAUAAUUGACUUUCAAUGUGAAUGAGAAAAUAAAGUUAAUUCCAAUAAAUGUCAGUAACAGACUUUUAUGAACAGG